GUGAAUGUAUGAGUGUGUGUAGUUUUUACAAUAUUAUUAUUAUUGAAAAGUUUCUUUUUACUUAAUUUUACUAUAUUUUGGCAUAUCUUAUCAGUUUCAAAAUGGUUAACGUAGUGUUCAAGGAAGCAUCGACAUCAUUCACAUCAAAUGCACAGACUUUAGGUGCAUUAAACAGUGAAAUUAGCGAAAAAUAUAACAUCCCUCCAUCAAAUUUCUUCCUGCUAUCAAAUGGAAAAAUACUUCAGGAUACACUUACAGAAUCAACAAAUGAAAUCCAGUUGGUGCUUAAAACAUUUGGCGGUAAAGGUGGUUUUGGGUCUAUGCUUCGAGCAAUUGGUGCUCAAAUCGAGAAAACAACAAACAGAGAAGCAUGUCGAGAUUUAAGUGGACGACGAUUAAGAGACAUAAAUGAAGAAAAAAGGCUAAAGAAUUGGCUUGAAAAGAAAAAGAGGGAGGAACAAGAGAACAAUAAGGAUGAAAAGUUCCAGAGAAAAAUUGAAAAGCUACUAGCGAAGCCAAAAAAAGAGUUCAAGGAUGAAGAAUAUGACACAGCACGUUCAAAUCUACUAGAAAAUAUCAGCGAUUCCGUCGAACAAGGAUUUAAAAAGUCGAGAGGUGAAACUGAUCAGCAAACAAUACUGUCUUCUGUCGGACUAAAACGUAAAGUACCUGAUGCAAAUGUCCAAAAGAAGAAUGUCAAAAAGAUUAAAGGAACUUUGUGGAUUGAUGAAGGCAUUAGCUCAGGAUCAGACGAUUCAGAUGAUGAUUCUAGCAGUGAAUUUGAGAAAGGAGAAUCAUCAGGUAGCAGCAGUAGCGGUGAACCAUCGAAAUCAUAAGUUAAACGUUAAUUAUAUUAAUCAUAUGUAAUGGAAGAAAAUGUAAACUUUAAGACCUCUUUGAAUAUUAAGCAUAUAUAAGUUAAUAAGUGGAAAUAUACAGAAAACA